AUGAACGUCAUGUGUGUGUUAAAAAAUAUAACGUUUUCGCAAGAUGAUCAGAAAAACGGUGGCUUGCAGCUAAGAGAAGAUACGCCUUUUGUUUACGCAAUUGUGACAAAGAAAGAAACGCAACAUCUAUUGGGUGAGUUUUUUCAUGAUGCGGACACACAAGCAGGGAAGAGUUGAUUGUCGUCAGGAAAAUUAAAGAAAGGCUGCAAGACAACUACCAAAGGACAAGCAGAACGUUUCAUACUUUGUGCGUAGAAAAGCUUGAAAAAAUUAAUGAAGGUGCGGCAGCGACCAUUCGUAAGCCAAAACCUUUCAUGUCUUUCGUCCAGUUUGUUGUAGAAGCAACCAAGAAAGUGUUAAGGCAAUCAGUGAACGAGCGACUUAUCAUACAAAUAGAUAACUGUCAGUUUGAGGGUGGCAUGUUACAAUUCCUAGUUCCUUCCAGUGACAUUGUGUUGUUUAUAUCCUGCGAGGGAUGGCCAUCCUGUGCAAGAGAAUGGAUCACACGAGAAUGA